CAACGAGGCCGGCGCUCGUUGGUUCGUUCGCUCAGUUGCUUCGUCACCAGGCGCCGCUGUGUGACAGACGCCCGGUGGGGGGGCCGAGUUCCGCGGCCCGGGCAGCAACGGCGGUGGCCCAAGCCGGCCGAGGAGAGGGCGAGGGAAGCCUUCGGCGAGGCCGCUCGGUCCGUUGUCGAGCGGGGCGCAGGGAGAGGCGGCCAUGGCCGGAGCCCCGGCCGGCGUCGAGCCGCCGCCUCCUCAGCCGCCGCCGCCGGUGCAGAAGGAGCUGGUGUACAACAAGCUGCUGCCCUACGGCGACCAGCUGGAGGCCGAGGCCGACCGCCUCCUCGCCCAGAUCAAGAUCAACCUCAGCCGAGCCGUUCAGCUGCAGGAACUCUGGCCCGGAGGCCUCUUCUGGACAAGGAAGCUCUCCACGUAUCUGCGGCUCUUUGGGAGAAAGUUUAGCAAAGAAGAUCAUGUUCUUUUCAUCAAGCUUUUGUAUGAGUUAGUAACAAUUCCAAAGCUGGAGAUCAGCAUGAUGCAAGGAUUUGCUCGCCUCUUGAUAAAUCUGCUAAAGAAGAAAGAACUCCUUUCAAGGGAUGACUUAGAGUUACCAUGGAGACCUCUUUAUGAAAUGUUGGAGAGGAUAUUGUACUCGAAGACAGAACAUCUUGGGUUGAAUUGGUUUCCAAACUCUGUAGAAAGCGUUUUAAAAACCCUUGUGAAAAACUGUCGCCCGUAUUUUCAAGUAAAUGCAACGGCAGAGAUGCUAGAUGAAUGGCGGCCUUUAAUGUGUCCCUUUGAUGUUACCAUGCAGAAGGCCAUCACUUAUUUUGAAUUGUUUCUUCCUACCACUCUGCCUCCAGAACUUCACCACAAAGGCUUUAAACUCUGGUUAGAUGAGUUUUUAGGCCUUUGGGUUUCUGUUCAGAAUCUUCCGCAAUGGGAGGGGCAUCUAGUCAACAUUUUUGCACGCUUGGCUACUGAUAAUAUAGGCUACAUUGACUGGGACCCCUAUGUUCCAAAGAUAUUUACUAGAAUACUGCGAAGUUUGAAUCUUCCAGUUGGAAGCAACCAGGUGUUAGUUCCAAGGUUCAUAACGAAUGCUUAUGAUAUAGGGCAUGCAGUCAUGUGGAUCACAGCUAUGAUGGGUGGACCGAGUAAGCUUGUACAGAAGCACUUGUCUGGGUUAUUCAAAAGCAUUGCCUCGUUUUACCAUCCCUCAAAUAAUGGUCGCUGGUUGAACAAGCUCAUGAAGCUACUUCAGCGGCUACCAAGUAGUGUUGUCAGAAGAUUGCAUCGUGAGCGAUACAAGAAGACAACUUGGCUUACACCUGUGCCUGAUAGCCAUAAACUUACUGACCAGGAUAUCACAGACUUUGUAGAAUGUAUUAUUCAACCUGUCCUCCUGGCUAUGUUUAGCAAAACUGGAAGCUUAGAGGCAGCCCAAGCUCUGCAGAACCUUGCACUAAUGCGUCCUGAGUUGGUAAUCCCACCAGUACUUGAAAAAACAUACCCUGCACUGGAGACUUUAACAGAACCUCAUCAACUCACGGCCACCUUAAGCUGUGUAAUUGGAGUAGCUCGUAGCCUGGUAUCCGGGGGCAAGUCAUUUCCUGAAGGUCCAACGCACAUGUUACCUCUGUUGAUGAGAGCGUUGCCUGGUGUGGAUCCAAAUGACUUUAGCAAAUGCAUGAUCACAUUCCAGUUUAUUGCAACAUUUUCUACUCUUGUGCCUUUAGUAGAUUGUUCGUCAGUAUUACAAGAGAGAGAUAACCUCACAGAGGUGGAGAGAGAAUUGUGUUCUGCAACUGCUGAAUUUGAAGAUUUUGUACUGCAAUUUAUGGACAGAUGUUUUGGACUUAUAGAAAGCAGCACACUGGAGCAAACAAGAGAAGAGACUGAAACAGAAAAGAUGACUCAUUUGGAAAGUUUGGUAGAAUUAGGCCUAUCUUCUACUUUCAGCACAAUUCUCACACAGUGUUCAAAGGAGAUAUUUAAGGUUGCCUUGGAGAAGGUUUUUAAUUUUGCCAUUUCAAAUAUAUUUGAGACAAGAGUGGCUGGUCGUAUGGUGGCUGACAUGUGCCGAGCAGCUGUGAAAUGCUGUCCUGAGGAGUCUUUGAAGCUCUUUGUUCCCCAUUGCUGCAACGUUAUAGCACAUCUUACUCUCAAUGAUGAUGUCUUGCAUGAUGAAGAGUUAGAUAAGGAGCUCCUGUGGAACCUCCAGCUUUUGUCAGAGAUCACUCGUGUGGAUGGGAAGAAGUUGCUGCCAUACAGCGAGCAGCUUGUGAAGAUUCUUCAGCGAACCCUCCACUUAACCUGUAAGCAGGGUUACAUUCUGUCUUGUAACCUACUGCAUCAUCUUCUUCGUUCUACUACACUUAUCUACCCCACAGAAUACUGCAGUGUGCCAGGUGGUUUUGACAAGCCUCUUUCUGAAUACUUUCCUAUCAAGGACUGGGGUAGACCUGGUGAUCUACGAAGUCUCAACAUCCAGUGGCAUGUUCCUUCUGCUGAAGAGACAGCUUUUUCUUUCUACCUGCUGGAUUCUUUUCUCCAACCAGAGCUUGACAAGCUAGUACGUUAUGCAGAUGCAGAUCUUGAAAUGUCCAGAGAUGAUGUGCAGCAGUGUCUCACUAUAGUGCACAAUUGCCUGAUUGGGUCGGGGAACAUUCUGCAACCUUUGAAAGGAGAGAGAGUAGCUCACCUGGUUCCAAGUCUGGUGUCUUUAGAAGAGAUCAAACUUUAUACUGGUGUUGACUAUGAUUUGUCAAGAGAGAAUUACAGGGAAACAAUUGCCAGGGUUACAAGGAAGCUCCUACAUUAUGUACUUGACCACUCUGAGGAUGAUACCAAGUCGUUGUUUCUCAUCAUAAAGAUCAUUAGUGACCUUUUACAUUUCCAAGGUUCUCAUAAGCAUGAGUUUGAUUCACGAUGGAAAAGCUUUAACUUGGUGAAGAAAUCAAUGGAGAAUAGGCUUCAAGGAAAGAAACAGCAUAUCAGAGCGCUGCUGAUUGACAGAGUCAUGUUACAGCAUGAGUUAAGAACACUCACUGUGGAAGGCUGUGAAUAUAAAAAAAUUCACCAGGACUUGAUUAGGGACCUUCUUCGUUUGUCCACAAGUUCAUAUGGCCAGGUCAGAAGCAAAGCUCAGCAUGCGUUCUUCACUGCCCUGGGGACUUAUAACUUCUGUUGCAGGGAUAUUAUUCCUUUAGUUUUGGAGUUUUUGCGGCCUGAUGCACGCAAUGUCACCCAGCAGCAGUUUAAAGGUGCCUUGUAUUGCCUUCUGGGAAAUCACAGUGGAGUGUGCUUGGCAAAUCUUCAUGACUGGGACUGCAUUGUCCAAACCUGGCCUGCAAUUGUCUCUUCUGGACUUAGCAAAGCAAUGUCUCUGGAAAAACCCUCUAUAGUCAGGCUAUUCGAUGACCUUGCGGAGAAGAUCCAUCGGCAGUAUGAAACGAUAGGAUUGGAUUUUGAAGUUCCAGAGAAGUGUGUUGAAGUGGCUGUUCUCAUGCAGAAAUCAGGGUACCCUCACAGUGGCUGGACUGGUCUUAGUCCAGAGGAGAUUCAGUUGGGAACGCAGCGGCAGAAAGAAAGGAAUGCUGAGUCCUCACAAAACUAUGAAAACUUGGUUUACAAGCUAUUAGAUUGUGUGGAUCAAAGAAAUCUCCCUUGGAAGUUUGAGCACAUUGGUGUUGGCUUUCUAUCACUGCUGUUGCGAGAUGACAGAGUGCUGCCAGCCAGAGCCAUAAAAUUCUUUGUGAAAUGUCUCAACCAUGAUGCACUAGUGGUUCGCAAGGUGGCGAUCUCUGCUGUGGCUGGCAUCCUCAAGCAGCUGAAGAGGCCUCAUAAAAAGGUGUCAAUAUGCCCUUUUCAAAUCAGUGGAGUCUCGUGGCCUUCUAAUAUUCAAGCUGGUGACAGGCCUGAUAACCAGUGGUUGCAUUAUGAGAGUGCCAAUUUACCAAAGACAAAACAAGCUUGGGAGUCCUGUUGUUUUGUGGAGAAAACACACUGGGGGUAUUACACCUGGCCUCAAAACAUGAAGAUUUAUGCUUCUGCAGAGCAGCAACCAAAACUUGGACGGAGUAGAAAUGAACUUUCAGAGGCAGAGCAAGUAAUUUAUGAUCACUUUUCUGAUCCAAAAUUUGUUGAGCAGUUGAUCAAGUUUCUUUCUUUAGAAGACAGGAAAGGAAAAGAUAAAUUUAACCCGCGCAGAUUUUGCCUCUUCAAGGGCCUAUUCAGAAACUUUGAUGAUGCCUUUUUGCCAGUACUGAAACCCCACUUAGAACGUCUAGCAGUAGAUUCCCAUGAAAGUCCUCAGAGAUGUGUAGCGGAAAUUAUAGCUGGUAUGAUAAGAGGGUCUAAACACUGGACAUUUGAAAAGGUAGAGAACCUCUGGAAACUUCUGUGUCCCCUUCUUAGAACAGCUUUAUCCAACAUCACAGUGGAGACUUACAAUGAUUGGGGAACAUGUAUAGCAACCUCAUGUGAGAGCAGAGACCCUCGGAAGUUGCAUUGGUUGUUUGAACUGUUGCUUGAGUCUCCGUUGAGUGGUGAAGGGGGGUCGUUUGUUGAUGCAUGUCGACUGUAUGUACUGCAGGGUGGCCUUGCACAGCAAGAGUGGCGUGUGCCAGAGUUGCUGCAUAGAUUGCUGAAGUAUUUGGAACCUAAACUCACCCAGGUUUACAAAAAUGUCAGAGAGAGGAUCGGAAGUGUGUUGACGUAUAUCUUCAUGAUAGAUGUCUCCUUACCAAAUACUGCUCCAACAAAGUCCCCCCAUGUCCAUCAGUUCACUUCCCGAAUACUUGAAAAACUCAAACCCCUUACGGAAGUGGAUGAAGAAAUUCAGAAUCAUGUUAUGGAAGAGAAUGGGAUUGGAGAUGAGGAUGAGCGGACUCAGGGCAUUAAACUCUUGAAAACCAUUCUCAAGUGGCUGAUGGCAAGUGCAGGAAGGGCCUUCUCCACAGCUGUUACUGAACAGCUUCAGCUUUUGCCAUUGUUUUUCAAGAUUGCUCCAGUAGAAAAUGAUAAUAGCUAUGAUGAACUGAAGAGAGAUUCCAAGACGUGCUUAUCAAUAAUGUCUCAGGGAUUGCUGUAUCCUCAACAAGUGCCUUUGGUACUACAGGUGCUAAAACAAACAUCAAGGAGUAGUUCCUGGCAUGCUAGGUACACGGUGCUAACCUACCUCCAGACCAUGGUAUUUUAUAAUCUUUUUAUCUUCCUAAACAAUGAAGAAGCAGUAAAUGAUAUCCGAUGGCUCGUUAUAAAGCUGCUAGAAGAUGAACAGCUUGAGGUGAGAGAGAUGGCUGCCACGACGUUGAGUGGCCUACUACAGUGCCAUUUUCUGGUGAUAGAUGACCCCCUGCAGACUCACUUUGAGGAGCUCUGCAAGAGGAGACUCCCAAAGAAGAGAAAGCGAGACCUCAGCACUGUAGUGGAUACUAUUCCCCCUGCAGACUUAGUUAAGCGCCAUGCUGGUGUUCUUGGACUUAGCGCAUGCAUUCUGUCCAGUCCUUACGAUGUACCCACGUGGAUGCCUCAACUGUUGAUGGAUCUUAGUGCACACCUGAAUGAUCCUCAGCCUAUUGAAAUGACAGUUAAGAAAACAUUGUCCAACUUCCGGAGGACUCACCAUGACAACUGGCAGGAGCACAAGCAACAAUUCACUGAUGACCAGCUGCUCGUCCUUACUGACCUUUUGGUAUCACCUUGCUAUUAUGCAUAAGAAGGUUCUUAGGAAAACAAGGGCCUACUCCCAGUUCUGAAAAAAUAAAGGAAACUCAAAACUAAUUUAUUGUCUAUAGAACCCUUUUAGACCUGGUAACUGAGGCUUAAGGCUUUUUUAAAAAAGGAUACUCUGAAUCUCAAUAGAGAGGAACCUGUUAACCAAGAAUUUCUACUGUAUUGGGGAGGCUGUGAUGUCCCUGAAUUUGAUCAUGACAUUUUUUCAUAUCUUCAUGCAAAUGCCUUGCAUUAGUAGCAGUCCUGACUUUUCUCCCCUUUUUGUAUAACAGGGCACUUUUUUUCUUUUCCCCUUUUAUGUACUCAACACCUUGUUCAUGCAUCACAAAAGGACUUUUGAACAUAUAAUCCACAAUCUGAACAUUUAGCAUUAAAAUGCUUGCAAUUUUGGGUGCCCCAAGUCCUCUGAUCUACUUGCAAAAUGCCAGGUAUCCAUGAACUGCAGACCAUUUAAUUGUAAUGAUAGGCCAGAAAUGUCCUCCUCAAAGGUACUAGAGUUCUGGCCUAAUUUUUUGCUCCCAUGAAAUCCUGGGCUAUGCAGAACUUUGAUCUGGCCUCCUUUUCAAAAGUCUUAACUUCUGAGCACAUACCUUAACGUUCUACUGUUAAAUAGAUCUAUACAAUAGAGAAUAGGGGUAUUUUCCAUGGCCAGGAUUUUCAAUAAGAGUCUUCACCCAGGUACCAAACCUUUUACUUUUUUGCCUAACUAUGCAGGUGGCUGUCUGUGUAGACCUUUUCAGUUCAUCAGAGCCAAUGGAUAAUAAUGAUGCUUGGCUCUCAGCUGUUCUUUUGUUUAAGAGACUGAAAAGAAUGUACAUAUGUUAAUAGUGAGUGGGCAUACACUUUUUAAAUAAAAUGUCCCAGUUUGCUAGUUCCACAUCUUCCCAUUUUCUCCACCUCCUCACCUUGGAACAAAUAACUUGCAUAAAAAUGGAAGUACUGUAUCUUUCUUACCCCCUACCCAUCCUCAUUUCCCAAUUCCCUAUAUAACUCUGGUGGCUAUUGGCUGGCUGUUUGACAACAUGUUCCAUAUGUGUUACAUAGCUGUAAAAGACUGUAUAAAUUGUAGAGGCACUGCACUGGCAAAGCACUGUACAGUUUGCAGAAAUUUUGCAUAAUCCCAUUAUGAGAUUAACUUGUAAAGAAUCACAUUUCUAUGUGUCAAUAUAGUGCUUUCAGCUUUUGUAUCUGAUUCAAUUGCCAAUUCUGUUUUUUAAAUAUUCCUCCCCCCCUUUAAUGAGGUAACUUUUUAGGUUUUGACUUUCAUUUUUCUUAUUAGUGAGCCUGUUGAUUUUUAAUGUAAUUUCUAUGCAUGCCCCCUUCCUAGGAAUGCAAGCAGUCUCUUACUCUGAUGUGUGGUAAAUUACAGAGUGAAAGAAUACUUUAAAAUUUGAGAACUGUAUGUUUCCUUCUUCUGCACAUCUUGUACUUUUUCUUUUAUAAACAGGAAUAUAAACAUUUUUUUAAAUCAUUUGCCUGCUGGGAAACCAUACCACUAUUUUUAAAAACACAGCAGUGUGACCAGUACAGUAUCUUCCAAGAGUCUCAACACAUAGAAACAAUGGAUGUAUAGUGUAGUGCCAAAAUGCCGCCUUCUCCUUUCAGUUGUGUAUCUAGUUUAAAGCUGAAUAAAUAAGCUGUUUGUAA